AUGGGAAUCUGGAACUGUAUGGGGAAAACAUCACUAUUCAUAUUUGGUCUUGGAUUCUACACACAUGCUGCUUUAUUCUCUAAGUCAGAUCAUCAGACGCUUAAGACUCAGUUGGAAUCCUUGAAAGAGACAGUUAAGGUUCAGAUGGAGUCCUUUAAAGAGCCUUCUAAUGCUCAAAUGGCUAAGUAUCGAGAAAUCGAACAAAAAUUGGAGGCUAAGUAUAGAGAGAUGGAAAAGAAGUUGGACCAUCUUGUGAAGUUGUCUACAACUCAAAUCUUCGAGUUGAAAGUAACUAAAGAGAAGUGUUGCAGUGAUUUGUGGAAAGCAAGGACACAAUCAGAAGAAACCAUCUGA